AUGAUUCAGCGAUGUACAGGCUCGUCGGGCUACUCCCGACACGCUCGGGCGACAGAAGAGGCGUGGCGCUCCACACAGAAGCUUGGCAGUCUACUCGGCGACUCAGAAGAUCUGACACGACACAAAAUACUCGCAGCAGGCGCGCUACGUCGGCUCUGGACAAUAUGGAUCCGGCCCCAGUACGUCAGUGACGCCACCAGAGUCCGGCUGUAUAACUGCUAUGUGCUUCCUGUUCUGCUGUACAACAGCGGAACGUGGGCACUGACGCCGUCCGAGCUGAGCGGACUCGAAAGCUUCCACCGCCGACAACUACGUAGCGAACGCCCGCUCCACCACAGAAUUACAGCAGCACGAUGGCGUCUGUUCGGCCACAUCCUGCGCCGGCCCGAGAUCCCAGCGUACACCCAGAUGGCCGCCUACUUCGACUCGUCGUCCAAGGGAACCUGGCGUGGAGCAAAGCUAGACAAGUGCGGGAAUCGAAAUCCCCGCACAGUGCUCCGACGUUCUGUGUCAAGAAGCCACAGGGCGGCUGGCGCAUCGUUCAUGCGUAUAACAAGCUGA